AAGCACAGACCCCCCAAUCAGGAACCUGAGGCCCAUGAUACGAGCGCAUGGAGCAGCACGUGGGCGCCUCUGCUAGGAUCACCGCCGUUGAAGAUGCUCCUGUUGAUAGUGACGCUAUUAAUGGUGCUGCUGCGGGCAAGUAGGCGUGGGGGCAAGGCGGGGUAUGAGUGCGUGGAG